GUAACAGAGAGACAUGCAUUUAUUCUCGUUGCAAGAGCUUGUGUUUCUUUUGGUCACAGUCAAAUAAAUAAUUGGAAAAUUCUGUAGUUUUGAUCCGUUAAUUAAUGAGUAUGGGCACCCUGUGGUAUGCCGGGCUUCCUGUGUAAAAUUCGCCCGCGAAGACCUUCAAGCAAAGAUGGCGGAGGUGGAGGGAAUGGAAUGCUUCGACGAAGACGUUCUCUUCUCGGAGUUUACAACAGAUUCCAAACAAAAAUCACCAGAUUUUGCAUCUUCCAAAUACGAAGAGGAAGCAAGCUCAACUUCUGACGACUUAGAACUCCUGAAGGAAGAAAAUUCUAAACUCAAACACGUGUUAAAGAAACUUCUCUUUGGAGUGGAAAAAAACACCCAGGAAAAACCACUUUUCAAUGCGGUAUUCUACAACAAUUCUGUAUCUACUGAAGGACGACAGAGGCUGGAAUUCUUUCUCCAUAGCUUGCUGACAGCGCAGGAUCCUUUAAAUGCAGUCGAAUCUACGUCUAGAAGCUCAUUAUAUUCUGACUUGCAACCCUCAUUAGAAACACUUGAGCAACUCACAACUGAAAACGAAAGUGAAAAGAGUAACGAAAAGAGCUCUGCUGAACUCGAAAAUCGCCAUUGUUUUUCGGUUAUAAAUCAUACUCAGUAUUUUCAUGCUUACUGCAUCGACUUUUGCGGAUUUCCCUUGGAAAAUUGGGAUCCUGUAAAUAGUGAGGGAUGGAAUGUACCAAUUUAUGAACAAGUUUACUUUAUUGCACUUCCCUGUGAUGAAGAAAACUCCAAAGUUAGAGUCAAAAGAGGAAAAACGUGUUUUAACUGUGGACGUACAGGGCAUAAUGUUAGUGACUGUCCUGAGCCACAGAAUACCGCGAGAAUAGAGGCAAAACGCAAAGAAUUUAUUCAUAAAUUUUCUUCCCCUAUCGUUAGAGGCUCAAGGUACCAUUUUGAUGAGGAAAGAUUUGGUGCAUUUAAACCAGGAGUUAUUAGUGAUAACCUCAGAGAAGCUCUUGGAAUCAGUGCUAAUGAAGUGCCGCCAUACAUUUACAAAAUGCGUGAACUAGGGUACCCCCCAGGAUACAUACCUAGUGUUAAUACCCCAACACUUGCUCUGUAUGAUGCAGAUGGAAAUGUUGAUGAUUAUGUUAUGGAAGACCUUGAAGAUGGAGAAGAUGAUGAUGAAGAUGACAAAAAGAGUUUGUUUGUGAGAUAUCCUGGAUUCAACUGUAGUUUGCCUCAUGGUUUUUUGGACAGAAGUGCACAGUUGGGCUUCCCACCAAUGUCUCCCCAUCAAUCCAUCCGUAACUUGGAAAAAAUGUACAAGCAAGCACAGAGGCAGAGUGGUCAUUCUUCAAGUAGAAGUAGAAAAAAAACUAAAAAGAGAAGACGAAGUGAAACAAAUCAUGGUGAAGGAGACAUGGAUAUUGAUGAAGAUGAACCUAGUGAACCUGAUGGUCAUAAGAGGAAGAAAUAUGAAGAGAAUAUCAAAGAUAAUGAUGGUGGAUACUCACCUUCUCAUCCUGGAAUUCAGUGUGGAACUAAAGAGAAGGAGCUACUGGAACGACUGCAUCACAAUGCACCAAGUAGAAUUAGCCCAAAAUCUUCAGAUGAUAUGCCUUCUACUAUCGCCAAUGAGCUCCCUAUUCCUUGUGAGCUUUUAAACAUGACUGCCACACAGAAUAAAGGUAGUAAACUGCUGGAUAGAAAGGCUAGAAAGCAAAGAAAAGCAUCAUCUGAAAGUGUGGAAGACGGAGAAAUCCUUUCAGAUGAGGAAAGGAAAUAUGAAGAGAAGGAAGAAGAAAAUGGGAUUGAAAAGGAAUCUAGCCAGGGAUGGUGGCUGACAGAACCGCUUACGCCGUUACUCAAACCAUGUACCACUCUCACCCCUCCGCCACCCCCUGCAGUCACCCUACCAAUGGACCUACUAACAAGGUUCUAUACAAGUAGUACCUCACUCCACAAGGUUAGCUUUGAGGAUAGGAUUAUGUGGUUGGAUCCUAUCUAUGGCAAUAUCCAAGUUUCGUCAGGAAGAUACGACAAACUCAAGGAUAUCUUACAGAAGAAGGUUAAAAGACGAAGUAGAAAGUAGGUUGAAGAUAACCUAAACUGUAUAGUAAGUAAACUCACAGCAAUUUCCUAAACCAACGGUCACAGAGAUACUUGGAAAAGAAGUAUAUCCCCUUGUACAUGUUGAAAGUUUAAACUGAAUCAGCUUUCUAAUCUUGCAACUGAAACUUGAACAAGCUUCAGGACAAAAUUGUGCCAUAUAACAUUCCCAUGAAACUUGUAUGACAAUGCCUUUGCACCAAAAGCUCAGAUUAAAAGUUGCAACAUGUAAUGGGCUUAAGAUAGCAUAAUAAUUUCAAAACAUUUUCAUCAAAAAUGAAAGAAACUUGGAAAUUUUAGACAAUUUUAUUAUCAAUAUUUAAUAGCUACAGUUUAAUAUCAUUUUUACUUUUUCAACACUUUCUUGGAAUUAAUCAUCCAGAAAUAUCUUUGUUAAUGCCCCUGCAUAUUAACUCUUGCAAAUUACAUUUUUUUUAAAUCACACUUUAAUUCAGUAUUAGAAUUGUACUCAUUUUAAGUACACUGUUAUAAGGUCAAUCUCGAUAUUCAAACUUUAUCAGAUUUAAGUAAAAUUGUAGGAUUGAGGAAGUUUUUAUAAUAAUAAUUUAAUACAAUUUCUCUUCUGAAUAGAAGGUACACAUAUUUUAACUCCUUUACUUAAGAGCAUAUAAGAAUCCUUUGCAACAUAUGCAACUUCUGUGUACCGUAGUAUCUUUGUUAAAACAUUUUCACCCCAAACGUUCCCAUAAUACAUUCUUCUGUAAUUUACUGUAAUGUGGUUUUGAUGCCAUAUAACAUCUUUGUGCAAAUACAUUUGUAACCAAUAUGGUUCCCAUUAAGCACGGCACUGUGGGUAUUUGUUUGAAUUAUGAACUAGAUCAUUGAUAACCCAUCAUUUCCCAUAAUGCAGUGCACCAUGGGGACAAAAAUGCAUUUAAUUGAGCACGACUAGAUAGUGAGUUUGCUUGAUGUAAAUUAUUUAUUGAUGGCAUUUGUAGGGAAAAUUCAGUAUCUUACCUCAAAUACAAAAGGAAGGGUUUGUUGCAACUUAUUUCUAUACUCAUACAUGUAUGACAUAUAAUAUAAAACAUAUCUGUGCAUAAUCCACUUAAAAAUGGAAAAUAUAUGAAUCAAAAAAUUUGUUUUAUAGAAUUUGUUUACCUAGAUAUGAUACAACAAUACUUUGUUUACUAUCAAAACCAUUGUAAUGUCAACCAUUUUCACAAAAGCUCAUCACAAGUUGCUUUUUUUCACCAGUCAAUCGAUCUCUAGUUGGCACGUCAAUGACGAAGGCGUACAUCACAUACGCAUGAAGUAUUGCUAUUAGAUAUAUGACUCACUAAAGAUGACGAUAUAUUCAGCUUUUACGAAAAAUAUCCUGGUAUAAAAAAUGGUCUAGAUGAAAACAAAAUUAACUAAGGUAGAGAAGGUAGGGAGGGAAUCUGGGGAGUUAAACUUCCUGGUAAGAAAUCCAGAAUAAAAGGUUUUUUUAAUCAUUGAAGGAAA